AUGGGCUGCCGACCGCGCAGCCCCACCGCCUACCCUGAGGACCUGUGGGAACCGCAGGACGGAGGACCCGGCCCUGCCAAGCGCCCCAAGUCCGAGUCUGAGGCGGCGCCCAGCCUGGAUAACCUGGCCUGGUCCCCGACAGCAGGCACCCUCAUCUUCGUGGCUGUCCUGCCGGCGGGAUGUGCUCUGCACGUGCUCCUGGACGACGUCGAACUGCUGCUGGAGCCCGAGCCAACGUCUGUGAGGCAAGUGUGUCUCGGAGGUCGCAUCCUCAUGCUGGUUCCCGAGGCCCUCCUGGGCUCGGGUGUGGAAGGGCCGUGGGGGCAGGGCCUAGAACCGGGCGCUGUCCUGAGCCCUCCCGGGGAGUACGUGGCCCUGGAGCCGGGACUCUCCUGUGCCGCUGUCCCAGAGAUCGCCUGCCAGGGAGAGGCCAGCAAGGAGGACGCGAAUGCUGACGCUGACUUCCUGCUGGGCUGGAUGGAUGCUGCCUCAGUCCCAGUCGCUGAGCUCCGCUGUUCUGCUGAAAGUUUGACUCACUUUGACCUGUUCGACAUAGUCUCAGAGCCCUCCCCUUGGGCCUCCAAUCCUAGUCCAGAGAGAGGCUCUCCUCAGCACGACGACAACCUGGACUUGCACCUUCUGGAGCCCUUUCCUGACUCACCACUCCAACCUCUACCUCCUUCUCCGAGUCCAGGUCCCCAGGAGCGCCCCUGUCGCCCUCCUGGUCCUCCUUGCCAGGCCCGGAGAUGCCUGUUCCCUGAAUCCACUGCCUCCCACAGUUCCUGGACACCUGAGCGGGCACCAGGACAGAGUCUUCCGAUGUUGGUUGUGUAUAUAUUGCACACACCGAAAGAAUCACACCAAUAG